UGUAACUUAACUAUUAUUUAUUUAUAUGGCAACAUUUCUUGUAUAAGUUGUAGUAAAACACUCGAUAAUAAUGAUAAAUGGUUACUGAGAGAUUUGAAUACAAAUUUAGGAUGUGGCAGAGGUAUGAAGUUAUUGCAGUGCGGCGUUCCUCACCCGGUUGAGCAGCGCGUCGCUGUAAUCAUACUCUUCGUAUUCCGAGAUACCAUUUUUGAAACACCAAGUUUUUUACUUCAGUGCUCACUCGGCACGUAAAACUCAAUAGUAUUCCGAGAUUUCUGCACUGAUGCGAUCGGAAGCUUCGUUUUCCGAAAUAUCUGCACCAUAGGUAGCGGCCAGAUAUUGAACAUCGAUGUUCUCUCUGCGCUUUCUCAGCUCACUGCUAGCGGUAUUUGACCUAUCAUAAAUGCUACACGAAAUCAUCUUUCGGCGUUGUACUUCGAUUUGGUAAUAAAUGAACAUGUAUCCCGCCAUUUUCGAUAACAAAAGUGGCAACUGUUCCUUCGCCCCCGCUUCCGGUGAUACUUACGCCCAGAAUCAAACAAAUCCAAGAGUCUUGAGACAAGGCCAAGCACCGACGCACAGGAACGGAAAUACAUUGUAUACUAGGCAACGCUGGGAACGUACGUCGGUCAGUACCAAGAUACUGUGGGUGUAUGUAUAAUUCCCACGCCUUCCAAAAGUGGUUAAAUUGUUAGUCAACGAUGGUAUUGGCAAGUGUUUGUCGGCACGAAAGUUGAACACAUGUCGGCUUGGUUCCGCGGGAACGCGGCAAACCGGCACGUUACUUGGCUUGGAAGUCGAAGGAAUCCGGGGGUCAUUCGCUGCAACCAUGAUAAGCUGUCUUGGACACUGUAACAUCUCACUUCAUUCUCGAAUUCGUGUUUGUGGUACAAGAGGUUUUCCAGGUAUUUUCUUUUCCUUAGUAAAUCGACCUCACAGAAUUUCAGGACUGAAUGCGCCAUACUAUUGAUUGGACUAUUCGCCUUCCUUGAAUCUAUAUCCAGACACUCAUACAUUAGACCUUCAGCCUUACAUUACAUAAUUUUCUGGGGUGCAGUAGUUUGCUCCAAACCCUGGUUGAACCCACUCUAUCAGCAUUGCGCGCCGCCCAGCAUACCCAGCAUGCCCAGCAAACAAUCGCAGACAUGUCCGAGUUUUUGCUACGAACUCUAGAUAGGACUCAAUCCCAAUUGCUACGAAUUCAUCAAUUAGUACUUUUUGGUAAUCGCGUGUUUUUUGGUUCCUUUGUUGUUAUAAACCUUUCGCUGUGUGUAGCACCACCAAACGCCAACUUACAAGCCAUCCAUCAAUUGGUACUGUAUUUCUUCUACUGGGAUAGAGUAUCAACCCUGUCAUCCAUGUGAUCAGGCCCACCAGUGUGCUGCUGACAGCCAAACACUCGGGUACAAGCGAGCCAGAAUCCAAGCCCAUAGCGGUGGAUUAGCGGCCAUGACAAUCCAUGGCAAAGCGUGGUACCUAUCUUACCUGUAUAUGUAGAGUCCUGUCCGCCCCUGAAGCUUCCUAACCUCGACCCCCCGCGAUCACAAUGGCAGUGAAGAACAUUCUACGAAAUGUCUUCAGCUCCGAAACAAAGAAGUCACAAGACGGCCGCGAUCAAUGGCCAUCUCGUACCUCUUUUAUCCUCGCAGCAAUGGGCGGCUGUGUAGGGCUGGGAAAUAUUCUUAGAUACCCUUCCCAAUUCUACAACAACUAUGGUCUACAGUGGCACGUGCCCUAUUUUAUUGCCUUUUUCUUCCUCGGAAUUCCUGGUCUGACCCUCGAAAUCGCGUUGGGCCAAGCAUAUCGCGGAGGGCCUACCAUAGCCUUUGAUCACCUACAGAAAAGACUUAAGGGCAUCGGUUUCAGCUUAGUCUACAACGGCUACAUGGUUGCUAUAUACUACGUUCCGAUCCUUGCUUGGGCAAUGGCCUAUUUCCGUCACUCCUUCAGUAGUCCAUUGCCGUGGGAAGGGGAUGCCGAAAACUUCUACCUCAGACAAGUCAUCCGUAACGGAGAUCCAACCCCCGGAGAACUAUCCGCUGGGGGCGUCCAAAGCUACACUGACUACCCCCUUGUCGGUCUUGUCGGCGAAACAACUGGUUGGUGUGCUUUCACUUGGUUUCUCGUCUGGCUUUGUAUCUGGAGAGGAAUUGGCCAGACCGGCAGAGUUGUCUAUUUUACUAUGGGAGCCCCUUUGGUUAUGAUCAUCAUUCUUGUGGGCCGAGGUGUAUCCCUACCCAAUGCUGGUGACGGUUUGCGCUACUCUUGGGCUACAUGGCGUUCGGAAGCCCUCGCCGACGGCCAGAUUUGGCAAGAUGCUUGUGGCCAGAUCUUCUUCAGUAUCGGACUGGGAAUGGGAUACUUUACGACUUACGCAUCGUACAACAAUCAGUACCAGAACGCCGUGCAGGAUGCUCUUAUCAUCUGCUUUUCAAACUCUCUCAUCGAAAUCCUCUGCGGGUUGGCAGUCUUUGGCGUAAUUGGGAACUUAGGAAUGGAUCCAUCAACUGCGGAAGCAAAACUUGGAAGCUUCGACGUUGCUUUUCUUACGCUACCCGAGGGACUUGCGCAGAUGCCCGGGGCCCAGUUUUGGAGCGUGGUCUUCUUCUUAACAUUGAUGGUUUUGGGUGUUAGCUCUGCAUUCGCGCUGACUGACACUCUGAUUUCGAUGAUCUGCGACAGCAAUUUUGGCAGACGUUGGAAGCGAGAGUAUGUUGUCACAGCUGUUAUCAUCAUGUCUUUUCUUCUGUCACUGCCGUUUUGUACGGAAUUCGGCUAUUAUUUGUUGGACGGAUUUGACACAUGGCUUAACAACUUUGCUCUGGUUUGGGUGGUUCUCUGUGAAUUCUAUGCGGCAACGGGAAUCUAUCGCUACAAGGAUGUAGCUGGCCUUCUUGGGUGGAUGUCAUUCGGCAUCUAUACGGCUGGAUAUACUUUGGCUUUGGUCCUUGGCGUCGCGAUCGGCCAUGCCGUUCAUCCAGGUAUUGGAGCUGGCGUAGGCUUCGGCAUCUUCUUCAUCGGGUUGAUCCUGGCUCUGGUGUUUGCAAAGACACCGCAAUACACUGGGUCCGAUCCUCCUCUUUUCUGGAAGAAGAGCGUUUGGCUUGAAAAAGUGUACUACCUCAUGUUCUACCAGGGAUGUCAGCUUUCACUCGACUUGAAUAUUGUCGUGGCUUCUGGUAAAAACUGGAAAAUACCUAUAUUCUGGGGUCCUCUUCUCCGCUACAUUUCUGUUCCUAUCCUGACAAUCAUUCUCGGAUUCUCCUACCCCACUUUCCACAGCAAGCGGAUGGACCCUCUACAGAUCAUUGGCUUCUUUAUUGCGAAUCUCACCAUGGUCUUUGUGGCUGUUGGACUUAUCUUCCCCCGAUUCUUCCACCCAUGGAUUCCCGUGGAAAAACGUGGAGAAGGGCACAUUCCAUUCUCGCCAAACGUGCGGACUGCGGUCGUGGACGUGAGUGUUGGAAGAACUGUCGAGAGUGGCAUGAUAGAGCACGAGCACUCAGGCUCAGAUGGAAGCCCCCAUGGGCUGAAAUCAAGGGCUAAAUAA